UGCAUUCACUAUAUCUGGUCUCCCCGGACUCUGCAUUCUCUAUAUCUGAUCUCCCAGGACCCUGCAUUCACUAUAUCCGGUCUCCCAAGACCCUUCAUUCACUAUAUCUGGUUUCCCCGGACCCUGCAUUCACUAUAUCUGGUCUCCCAGGACCCUGCAUUCACUCAAUCUGAUCUCCCAGGAGCCUGCAUUCACAAUAUCUGGUCUCCCAAGACCCCGCAUUCACUAUAUUUGGUCUCCCCGGACCCUGCAUUUUUUAUAUCUGGUCUCCCAGGACCCCGCAUUCUCUAUAUCUGGUCUCCCAGGACCCCGCAUUCACUAUAUCUGAUCUCCCCGGACCCUGCAUUCACUAUAUCUGGUCUCCUAGGACCCCGCAUUCACAAUAUCUGGUCUCCUAGGACCCCGUAUUCACUAUAUCUGUUUGCAUUUUUUAGCAAUUUUUGAAUGAAAAAAAUGUUUCUUGCUAAAAAAUAAAU